AUGCUCCGUCGCAGUGUAGUACGUUGCGUGUACGAGCGCUUUGAGGGGCACAUAUCGGGUGACAAGGGCCACAUGACGCUGCAGCAGGCAUGCACCAUCUUUGGCUACCAGCUCGAUGAGGAGUGGACUAAAAAGGAUAUUCGAAAACGAUUUCAGAAACUGGCGCUGCGAUUUCACCCCGACAAAGGUGGCACUAGCGAGCAGUUUCUGACGCUGAAGGAGGCACAGCACCUGCUGCUGACGCAUCGUCGUGACCGGGGCGCCGACCGGGGUGCAAAGGCGGCGAAAGGCGAGGGUGAUCCAGGCGGAAUUAACUUUCGGCGCAUGAACUACGACAUCCUCACCAAUACAAUUCAUCGGCAGACGGCCGACAACCCUGAAUACCGCUCCUUCAGCCUGCAGGACUUUGCCAUCUUCCUUGUCUGCUUCACUGCAGCGGCUCUGUACUACUUUUACAAGACCUACACCACUCAAAUGCAAGUGCUGAGAAGUCGAUGGAGCUACUCCGAAGAUGCAAUUCACGCAGACUACAAGGGCAAAGCGCCCUCUGAAAGUAUGUGGCAUCCGUGGAUGGCAGACGCGGAGACGCGCGACCGCAUGGACGACAUUGCCAUUCUUCAAGGCAGUGUCCGACAAGAACUCAUUGAUGAGAAGCGAAAAGUAGCACCGCCAACGUACAUGCCGUGGCAGUCCGGUGGGCCGUUUGCGUGUCAUAUGGCCCCAGCAAGGGCACCAGAGGUGUCCAAAGAUGCACAUGCGUCUGGAUAA